AUGGAAGUCGAUAAUGUCAAGCCAUCGAGUUCCGUUCCUCAGAGAAACUGGGAAAAAGAAAAUAAUGUAAGAAAUUGGUUUUAGUGCUCAUUACUGGAGGAAGCUCAUUUUUAGGUGCAAAAUGUCGACUCUAUUUUCGAAUAUAACAACAAGCAACAGGUAGAGAUUCGAAAUGCGAAGCCGUGGGACAAGGAUCCGCAUUACUUCAAGCAGGUAAGCAAAGUAUCGUUCCGAGCUCAUUUUCUACAAUUGCAUUGCAUUUCAGAUCAAAAUCUCAGCGAUCGCCCUUCUGAAGAUGACGAUGCACGCGAAACGAGGCGGAAACCUAGAGAUUAUGGGACUUUUGCAGGGCAGAAUCGAUGCCAACUCCUUUAUUAUUCUCGAUGCGUUCGCUCUUCCAGUCGAGGGUACCGAGACUAGGUACGAUCAAUACUUGAUUGAAAAUAAAAUCGAUCGAUGUUAUUCAGAGUGAAUGCUCAAGCGCAGGCGUACGAGUACAUGACUGUCUACACCGAUAUGUGUGAAUCGGAAGGCCGUCAGGAGAAGGUCGUCGGGUGGUAUCACUCGCAUCCCGGAUACGGCUGCUGGCUCUCCGGAAUUGACGUCUCCACGCAGACACUCAAUCAGAAGUUCCAGGAGCCAUGGGUCGCCAUCGUUAUCGAUCCGCUGAGAACCAUGUCCGCCGGAAAGGUAAUAUACAUUUGAGAAGUUGCGAAACCAUUGAAUCCCUCAAUUCAGGUCGACAUUGGUGCUUUCCGAACGUACCCAGAGGGAUACCGCCCGCCAGAUGACGUGCCGUCCGAGUACCAAUCGAUUCCUCUCGCCAAGAUCGAGGACUUCGGAGUGCACUGCAAACGAUACUAUUCACUCGACGUCAGCUUUUUCAAAUCGCAACUCGGUGAGAAUCUAGCCGAAGAAAUGACUAGAGAAAUCAUUCAAUCAUUCUCAGAUGCGCAUAUAUUGACUGCUCUCUGGAACAGCUACUGGAUCUCCACUCUCAGCAGCUCUCCGCUCUUCUCGAACGUCGAAUUUAUCAAUAAUCAGAUCCAAGAUAUCAACCAGAAACUGUUGGCCGUCGAAAGGAAGGUUCUGAUCAGCGAUCGCAGCCCGGACGCCGCGGAUACCCUCACCAAGGUGGUCACCGACGCGAUGGCAGUCGGCGACGAACUUGAAACGGGCCGAAUCUCGCACUUUGUGAAGCAGAUGCUGUUCGCGAGAAAGGGAGGAUGCGGAUGCUCGCACGCCGCCGUCCCUGACGCUGUCAUGGAAGUCGUAGAGCCGGCCGUCGUCGAAAUGGCCGAGGAGGAGUGGUGAAACGGAUAAAUUCAUAUAAAAUCAAAUGCACGUCACUUUUUAUCCACUUGAUACUGUUCCCACUAUUUAUGAAAUCGUUCCGUUCUUUCCUCAAUGUAUUGUUCCGUUUGUUUCGCUUCAAGUUGUUCAUAUUUUGUUCUUUGGUAAUCUGACUUACCAGAUGUCCGUCCUUUGUCGGCGCAUGCGAGCGCGCGCGCGAAAGUCUGCACCCUCCGAAUACUCGCGCCUCCCACAAACGAUCACGCCGAUCGGUGGCAGGCUAUGUGCACACUUCUCCCGUCCGGCCGCAGACGUCCCUUUCGUCUUGGGAUGUUUAGCUGUCUGGCAUCGGCGCGCACAGACGAGAAUGUUAUAGAGUUGACCUUCCGUUAUCGCGUUAAUUGUUAUUUUCACUGCACUUGAAAUUUCGCUGGUGCAACAUUGUUUCAAAUUUAAAUUCGCGCCUCCCCCUCUGCUUCUCUGCACCUCUUCCCCGUCACACUUGGCGCCCGGCACAUUCCAAACAGACCGUGUCCUUUCCGCUCGUAUACACUUUGUCGCUGCUCUCUUUUUCUCUUCUUUCUAGGCUUGUUGCCGUGCUAAUGGUCCCAAUUUUCGAAGCGAUGGGCUCAAUGAUCGAACUGUUGGCCGCGCGCGCUCAUGUUGUGACUAGCAACUCGACAACAAUUUCGUAAUCUCGCGAUGUCUCGUGUUGCUGUGACUAAGCGCCUUUCAGUCGGCCACAGCUAUGCGGCGUAUGCGCUCUAAUGUGUCUAUUUCGCAAAAAUUGGAGCCACCCGCCGAGUUCUUUUAUCGGAAAAUUUCGAGCAAAAAAAAAUUGUGUUUUCCGAUAAAUGUUUCGAAAUACCCGAAUACUGCUCUUGAGGUUAGUGUUGCCGAAUUGCUUUGGCAAUAGCGCUCUACCUCAUACUACAGAAAUUCGCGGCCGUGGCCGUGUUUUCAUGUAAAAUUGCGCUUUCCAAAACUCACUCUGCGAGUUCGCUUCAAUUGCGCAAUGUUCCCACCCUUAUUUCACUCUCACUUGUGCUACUCGGCACGCGCCUACUCGUUUCCGCUGUGUUUCAUCGCUCUCCGCAGAACAACGAAUUAGUUUUCACUUUGUUUAUCAGCGGCAGCAGCACAUUCCGAUAUCCAAAUUGGGCACGCUCUCUUUGGGCUGCUCUUUUCUUCCCCUUCUCGUCGCCUGAGUCUCUUUUGUCGCCUCCCUUGUGAUCGGCUUUCGCAACUCUAGCCCUCAUUUUCAGUAGUGUGACGAUGUCCGACUUCGACGAACUCGAACAAGGCGCUCUCUCCGAUCGAAUCGACGAAAUCGACGAGAACGAAAAAGAGGAGGAAGAUGAUGAUGAAGAAGAGGAAGAAGAAGGCGAGAUGACGCCGAGCGAUGGAAGAUCCAAGCUUUACCUCGUAAGUCUUUCAACUAUACAUGCUCGCUUAAUCAUGCCUCUACAAUUGCAGAUCGAAAAGAUCAAGGAGGUGUUCGUACAUCCAAAGACGAAAAAGAUCCUAUUCAAGGUUAAGUGGCACGGCUACGAAGAAUCGACCGACGAGCCGAUCGAGAACUUCGAUCUAGAGUUGGAGCACCCGGUCAUCAAAUCGUAUCUCGAAACGCCUGAGGGAUUGGAGCAUUAUAAGGGCGCCGUUCGGUAUAGGGAUCAGUUGUUGAGUGUGUCUUCGAAAAAGAAAAGGGCAAGUCGAGAAAAUGACAGUGACCGAAUGCAAUUGUGGAAGUUUAGGGCAGGAAACCGAAAAAAAUCGUGUCGAGAAAGAAGAAGACGGUAUCGGAGACGCCGCCGAGCACGUCCAGUCUGGAGAGUUCACCGGAGACCGCUGAAGCGGAGAAGAAGAAGGAUAGAAAGAGAAAGAAUCCGAAGGAACUUGAUUGUGCGGAGCAGCCGAAAGCGGAGAAGACGUCCAGAAUGCAGUCUGGGUGCUCGGAGCACGAUGACGGUUCUGAGCAGGCCAAUGCCGUCCCCAUCGAGAAUCCACCAAAUAAUGAUCUUGGCGAAAGUUCGCAGACGGCGGACCAGCCGACCGGUAAGUUGAAGUGCAUGCAAAACGGUUCGAAAGAGACGUCUCCGAUUGUCCCUCCGAUCGCCACAGUGUCGUCUCUAAACGUUCCGCAUCUCAGCGCACUUCUAACGGACGACGUCCGCGCGUCAGAAAAGUCGGUAACUCCGAUGUCUCCGACUUCUUCAAGAGAAUCGAAAAUCAGAUUAUGGGCGAGAAACAAUUGGAUUUCAGAUGUAAGAUUGAACCGAAAUAGUGAAUCAACAGCUAAUCUUUAUCGUUUUCAGAGAAGAAACGUUGCUCCGCAGUCAGACAACAUAAACGCUCUGUCGCAGGCCAUUCACUUGAUGGACGUCGACUAUAUCCGUGUGCUCCUUUCCAACAUGUCCGUCGCAGAACGGCACGACUCCAUCACCCAGCAGCCGUUCCCCAAUCCUCUGCCACUGCACGAACUUCUCUACUUCCAUUACAAGGUUCAACCGAACAGGGAAAUUCAGGUCACAAGGGUCUUUGACGCCAUUCUGAAGCACGUCUCCGCCGAAACUUUGAGCGCCGGAGAUCACGACGGAAACACGCUCCUGCAUCUCGCAAUUGUAAACGGAUACGUGAGUGACUGUCUGAUGUGACGGACACAAAACGAUAUUUAUGUUUUAGACGGACGUCAGCGAGAUGCUCAUCGAGAAACGAGUCUCACUUCGAGCAGUCGACAGCCAGGGAAUGACGCCGGUGGACAAAGCGGUCGAGGUGAACGACGAGGAUAUUCUGGAGCAGCUCCUCCAAUUGGGCAGCUUCCCGAACUAUGUGCCCAACUUCACGCCUGAUGACUUCAAAAUAACGCAGUCGAGCUACGGAGAACGGCAGCAGAAAAACGAGAAGAUCCGGCAACUCUCGCGCCACGUUCACAUUAAUCUGUUGAGACAUUACUCGAGCCUGAUUGGGAUCUGCUGCAGAAAAGUUCGUGCCGCGUUCGGAGAUCAGAUCGAAGAAUUGGAUAAGUUUCCGUCGAUCACAUUCCCCAUCAGAUAUGUCGGAGAGGCGGAGCCUCGGUGGGUCGGCCGCUUCAAUGUGUCGGAGGAGGCGCUCGUGCCGAUAGGAAAAGCUCGAUUCAUGAUGUUCGUCUUUCCGCUGAAAUGGUGCAUGUCGAAAGUGAGCGGAGACCUGACAGUUCUAUAGAGAAUUUCUGUUAUGUUCCAGUCUCGCUUCAAAAUCGCAAAGGAAGGCUCGUUAUCGGCGCUUCCUUGCUUCAACUCGGAGCGGUGCGAGUUGGCAAUUCCGCCGUAUGUGUUCAUUGUGGAGCCGAAGAAAGGCCUGAAUCCGGUGGUCGUGCAGCCAGUGACGGGAAAGCACAGCAGCUUCCUCGUCUGUCAGCUCGUCCGGUGCAACUGGAAGCCCGCUACUCUGGACAUCAUCCCAAUCAUCCGAACCAUCUCGUCGAGACAAUCUACGAACUUUGAGGUUUCGAACAUGUCGGAGAGUGAAAUCGAAGUAAGGAUCGACGCGUCCGAGCAUUUCAACGUGAAGCCAAGAAACGGACAAACCUGCCCGUGGCUGAUUCCUCCCGGACACAGCCUUCUUCUGAAGGCGACUGCCGAAUCGGCGGCUACGGUAGGUGCAACUAACACGGGAGGUACCGAACGAUUAAUUUUCAGGUUGGCCAGGUCAUGACAAUGACUUUGAAACACGGCUCCAAGGGAUUCUUCGAGCAAUCGAUCAGUCUGCGCGUCAAGCAAGUGGAAUAA